GCUUGCCGUUUAGAGAAGCUGAGACGCACUGACGUCCAGCUGUGUAUUCGUCAAUUUGCACCUCGCUAUCGCGCGCUCUACAACAGGCUCUCUCAUCGAAAAACAUGUAAUGUGCUUGCUAAUCAUGUUCGACAACGUGUGCUGUCCCUAUUUCACGCUGGAGCAAGUAUUUUGGGACGUUUUCCAUCAGAUUAUCGCUCACGAGUUCGGUGCGCUCGUUACUGAACGUCUGUUGCGGGAAAUUGUGUUGCGGUCCGUCAAGCACAGAUCAGCCCGUCUAGAACGAAAACAGAAUGCGCUGGCGGACGUGAAUACUAUUCGCACAGAACGAGCGUGGGAGUGGCCAAUGCCCGUUUCAAAGGAAGUUAUUUUUGAGUGUUUGAAUGGCUAUAUGAAAGGUACUAUGUGGACUAAGCCGCCUUAUGACAGAGGUGCUGCUGAUGUUCGUCUAUCAGGAGAUAUUUCGUCCUUGAAUCUAGAUCUGCUCCGCGUCUCAGAUGACUUUGUUAUCAAAAAAAACGAUGGUCGUGACGCUAAUGGCUCCCGCGCAUACCAACUUAUACUGCGGCAUAUGCAGUUGCUGCCAUGCGCAGCCUACACGAAGAAAGCUCUUCACGAUUUGAAAGGAAAAAGGAAGGCCGCCGGCGAGCUCCAAGGCCAGUCACCUGCUAAGACCUCGAAGAUGCCCGCGAAGAGUCGUGACAUAUUUGACAUGGAGCUGGAGACUGAUGAGGAGUAUAUUUGA